GGAAGCAGAGACCUAGACCGGGGGUAGGAACCCGAAACCUGGGGGCAGGAACCCGGAACCUGGGGGCAGAAACCUGGAAGCUGCAGUAAUCUCUUAGUGGAAAAUUUUCCCCCAGCACUGUUGAUAGCUUCCUUUAACAAACGAGUCAGCGAGUUGCAGGAACUCGUCAUCGCCCGGAACAGUAAGUCGAGUUUUAUUAUCACUUUGUUCUCUAUGUCCAUUUGAUUGACCUAACUUAGAUUUUUUUGCUACAGUGUAUCCGGCGAGCAUCAUCCCAGAUUUAGCGGCGAUCGACACAUAGUUAAGCUCGAUGGAGCUUCAAGUACAGUCGAUGGCUACGUGAAGAGACCAAAGCUAUCCCAAAAGCCAAGGUACGGCUUGAUCACUUCCAUUGAUUUCGAAAUUAGAUUCUAGAAACAGUGUUUAGUUUGUGUAAUUGAUUAGGUUAGUGUACAUCUGGACCUAGGUUUCGUUUAUUACUACUGAAAAAUCGAAACUUGAUGUUGCUUGUAGAAACUUAUUGAGGCAUCACUGAAACAACAAGGGAAGUUGCAGAAGAUGUGUGUUUAUGCACCCUCACACUUUCCUGACAAGACUACAAUGUUGAAUUCAGAAAUAAAUAGAUGGUAUAUAUUUAUACAUUAAGUAGCCUUUUACUUUCAUUAUCUUGGUAUAUCCUAUGGUUUUGGGAAUAAUUUAGACUAAGAUUAGUUGUUGUUUUUAUACGAGUUUGCUCCAAGAAAAUGUCAAAAUGCAUGAACAGAUUUCUGCUUUAAGAUCUAUGAGGUAUUUGUGAUUUGCUUCGUAUGUUACGAAUGUCAAAUAUUUCGAUAUGCUUUGCUCCGAAAAAAUACAUCCGGUAUGUAAGUAUUUACAGAUAUUUACAAGAUAAUUUUUUCAUAAUUUUUUUUUUUCAAAUAUUUUUAUUAGAUAUAUAAAAUAUAAAAUAAAAGAAGCAGUGAACCUAUAUGUUUUAAAUUUUAAAAUUAGUUAUAAGAAAGACAAUCUUAAGAAAAAGUUAUAGAUAUCAUAAAAAAAUUCUUCUCUUUUUUUUAUUUUAAUACUUUUAUAACUAAUAAUGUGAAUAUAAUUUAUUAAAUCAUAUGUUAAAAUAAAAAUUAUAUAAGCUCAUACAUUUAAAAAUCUACAUUUAAUCAAUAUGUGUGUAUUUAUAUACAUGUCGGAGCGAACAGAUAUCCGGUUCUUAAAAUUUUAGUAUUUGUGAUUUGCUUCGUUUUUAAUGUAUACUAGAUUCUGAUCCGCGCAUCCGCGCGGGUGUUUUCUAAAAAUUUUAUAUUGUUCAAAUUUUUUCUUAUCUGAUUGUAGAGCUGGUCAAAAAUUAGUCAAAAGUAAAUAUUUAAAGUAGCUAAACGAUAUUCAAAACACCCAGAAUACUUAAAAUAUAUUUUUCACAUCCAAAUAUUCAAACCAAACCAAUUUUUAUUUUAAAUUUAGGAAAUUUUGCUUACAUUGCUCAAAUUUAUAUGUUAUAUUAUUUUUAUUUUAAAUAAUAUAUGAAUUUUAAAAAUUUAAAGAUAAUUUAAAUAGAUUAUCCGAACCCGAAAUGAACUCUUAAAGAUAUGAACCAAACCAGAAUGGGUAACUAAAGGCCUACCCCUACAUCAUUGAUUGUAUAUAUUUUUAUCACUUACCAAUUUUUAAAAAAUGUUUAAUAUAAUUUUUAUGAAUCAAUUUUAUUAAUUUUUUAAAAUUGUCAUUUGUUUUAGUUGUUUAUAUAUAUCUUGAUGGGUCAUAAUUGAAAUGUAGAUUUAUAACAAUAAUGGUAAAUUAUCAUUAUUUGUUUUUAGAUAUCUAUUAUUUAUGGGAAAUUGUCACAAAUAUCAAAUCAUAGUACCACUUUUUAUCUUUUACACUAACCAUUUUUAGCAUCAUUUUUAAUGAAGUGUAAAAGAUUUUUAUAUCUCUAUGGUUAACUAAUCUAGAUUUAGGGGUUAGAGUUGAGGGGUAAGGUAGGGUUUUUGUAAUGUAAUAUUUAGGAGUAUUAGUUCUUAAAAGAAUAGAUAAAUAUGUAUUAGAUGAUAUUUUUAUAAUAAAAUUAUACACAUUUAUUAUAUAUAUUUUUUUAAAAUAUGUAUUUUGUGCAAUAUGUUAUAUUUUAAACUAUAUUAGAUAAAAUAGGUUAAUUCCUUUAUUACUUUUAAUUAUAUAUACAUUUUCUUUGGGAUUUAUAUUAAUCUAUUGUACUAAACCCACCUAAUCAUACAAGUAAUCAAAAUGGGUAAUUAUGAUAUAAUAGUAACAAACCUGUGCUAAAAUAAUUAAUAAAAUUUAUAUAAGCCCAAUUAAUAAAAUUUAUAUAAGCCCAAAAAAAAUCAAAAAAAAAAAGGUAGGUAUGUGGAAUAUUGGUUUUAAGUGUAACUGAAAUUUAUGAUUAAAUCGAUAGAUUUCUAAUUUAUUUUAUAGUCUACAUAUAAGGAAUGUUCUAUAAAUUAGGGUAGUGCAGAUUUUUUAUUUAAAAAUUGAUAUGGAUUAGUUAUUGUGAUUACUUAAAUAUAGGAGUUGUUAUUAGUUAAGGGCUAGUGGCAUAAACUUGUAAUACUAAAGGUGAAGUGAGGGUUAAUUUCUAGUUGUAUUUAAUAAGUUAAAUUUAUUUUCAGUAUUUGCUCUGAUUCGAAACUUUAUGGAUAUCCAGAUUUUGCAGAUCAAAUCAAAGCAAAUAAUAGAUCGAAUAAAAUUUAAGGGAUAAAAUGUCCAGUCCUAGGUAUAUACUUUGUUCUUGGCCAAAGAGACUUUAGCUAGUGGUGAUGCAUUCUAUUCUACGUAGCAUGGAAUCGUUGGUGGUCAUGCGUUUCGUGCUUCCGAAGCGGAACCGGAAACGGAAUCGCUCGGAAUCGCCCGGAAUCGUCAUGGAAUCACGUUUCGGAUAGUGAGACGUUUGGAACCGUAAUGGAAGCACGCGAUUCCGGAUUGGAAGCGUCGAUGGAUAGUUGACGGAAGCGUCGAUGGAUAGUUGACGGAAGCGUCGAUGGAUAUAUGUUCAAAAAACUGAAAAUUAUUUUGGGCUUUUAAAUUUUGAUUUGUUUUGUGAAUAUGUGAUCCAAUUAGCCCAUUAUAAUAACAAAACCCUAGUUACCAAAUAAGCUAAAAAGAUUAAAACUCUUGAAAUUCAGUUACCGUACGAAGCAGUUCUGAUAUUUCUUCAAGUUCAACAUUUUAUCCAGAUUCUGAGAGAAGAGAAGCAAAGGUACGUAACUCAUAUAUAUAUAAAUACUCAGUUAUUGUGCUUUGUUUGAUGUGUUGUCACUUGUUUGUGUUUUAUGCAUGUGGUUUGCAUAUUCUAUUGUUUGAUCGUGAGUGUAUUAAAGUCAUGGCUGCACUUUUCUGGUUUUCAAUUUCAGUGCAAGGAAUAUUUUAAAUAUAGUAUUAUUAUAAGUUGCUUUGUGUACGUAGCUUUGUGUGAUAUUGUUGUAGUCUUUUGCAAUUUUAUGUUUCAUAUUUGUAUUAUGUUUGGUAAAUUAAGAUAUUAUAUAUUAGUAUUCAUAUAACUUUUUCACAGGACUAAUGUCUCAAGAUCCUCUAAACAUUGAUGAGUCCUCGAACGUGGAUGACAAGGCACCUUUGUGGAUCUAUGUGAACAAAAUUGAGAAGUUAGCUGGAGGAGGAUCAUGGAGGUUUGAAUGCAAGUUCUGCAGUAAUUCAUAUGUUGGAUCUCAUAGUAGAGUUAUGACUCAUCUGCUGCAAGAGGGAAAAGGAAUUAAAGGAUGCUUGAAAGUCACUCCUCAACAAAGAGUUAACCUUAAAAAGCUAGUUGAUAAUUGCAAAGAGAGGUUAAAGCGUGCAACUUCCAAAGCAGUUCCACUUCCUUCGUCAUCAAGGAACAUGUCUAGUUCUUCUCUUGAUUAUGAUAUGAGCUACAAAGUUCCAAAUGCAACUGAGUCUGAUCCAAAGAAGAGAAAGGGUCCUUUGGAAAAAGCAUUCCAGAAUGAAGCUAGAGAGCAAUGUGAUGGGGAGGUAUCUAGGAUGUUCUACACAGGUGGUCUGUCUUUUAACCUUGCAAGAAAUCCUCACUACCGCAAUUCAUAUGUGCGUGCUUCCCAAAUUCCAGGAUAUGUUCCACCCGGAUAUAAUGCAUUGAGAACUACACUUCUUCAAAAGGAAAGAAAGAACAUUGAGAUGCAUUUGCAACCUUUGAAGAACACAUGGAAACAAAAAGGAGUGAGUAUAUGUAGUGAUGGUUGGUCAGAUCCACAACGAAGACCAAUAUUUAACUUGAUUGCUGCAAAUGAGAGUGGUCCAAUGAUGUUAAGGGCGAUCAAUACUCAUGGUGAGACAAAAACCGGUGAGAUGAUUGCAGAGCUGAUCAUAGAAGGCAUAAAGGAGGCUGGGCAUGAAAAUGUGGUUCAGGUUGUCACUGACAAUGCUUCAAACUGUGUAAAAGCUGGUGCGCUUAUUUCAGCCAAGUUUCCUACUAUUUUCUGGACACCAUGUGUGGUUCAUACCUUGAACCUUGCUCUGAAGAAUAUAUGUUCACCAUUACUGAGCACAAGAAAUAAUGAAGCGGUGUAUGAUGCUUGUUACUGGAUAAAGUCUAUCAGUGAAGAUGUGAAUUGGAUCAAGAAUUAUAUUAUGAAUCACGGGAUGAGGCUUGUAAUGUUCACUGAGCAUUGUGAUCUUAAGCUCCUCACAAUUGCUUCUACAAGGUUAGUUUUCUAUAUUUUUAAUUGAGAGCUUACUUAUAUUCUUAAUCUUUAAGUUAAUAAUCAUUAGUUUAUUUUUACAGGUUUGCUUCCACGGUUGUAAUGUUAAAGAGAUUCAAAAAAAUAAAGACCGGGUUACAACAAAUGGUGAUCAGUCCUAAAUGGGAUGACUAUAAAGAAGACGGUGUAGAGAGAGCAUCUGCAGUGAAGAAAAAGAUAUUAGAUGAGUUGUUUUGGGAGGAGCUUGAAUAUGCUUUAUCUUUCACUUUGCCCAUCUAUAGCGUGAUUAGAGCUGCUGAUACUGAUAAACCUUCUCUUCAUCUGGUUUAUGAAUGGUGGGAAAGUAUGAUUCAGAAUGUCAAAAGAGCAAUCUUCAAAAAAGAAAGGAAACAACUUAAUGAAGAUUCCGUCUUUUGGACUGCGGUGCACUCGAUUUUGACUUCUCGUUGGAGUAAGAGUAAUACUCCUCUUCAUUGUAUGGCACAUUCUCUAAACCCCAAGUAAGUUUAUAAAUCUGUUUUUAUUCUGUUUUUCUUAUCAACUUAUAAAAUGGUAAAAUUGGUUUUUGAUCAGUAAGAUUUUAAUUGUUAUAUAUAUUUGUUGGAUGCAGGUACUAUAGUUCAGAGUGGCUUGCAGAAGAAGACAGUAGAAAAGCUCCACAUCAAGAUUUGGAGGUUACUAGAGAAAGAAAAAAUUGCAUCUUAAAGUAUUUUCCAAAUCAAGAUGAAAGGAGAGAGGUUAACGUUGAAUAUUCUAACUUCUCUUUAUGCAUGGAGGACUUUGGUAGUGUUGAUGUGAUUCAUGAUAGGUUUAUCUUAGAACCUUUGAGAUGGUGGGCAGUUCAUGGAUCUUCGGCACCAAAACUUCAAAUCUUAGCAUUCAAGUUACUUGGACAACCAUCUUCAUCCUCAUGCUGCGAAAGGAAUUGGAGUACAUACAAGUUCAUUCAUUCUGCUAUAAGAAACAAGAUUGUUCCCCAAAGAGCUGAAGAUUUAGUAUUUGUGCAUACUAACCUCCGUCUUCUAUCAAGAAGGAGCUCUUCUUAUAAAGAAGGCCCUAGCUGUAUGUGGGAUGUAGGAGGUGAUCAAUUUGAUUCGCUGGAUGAGAUUAAUUUGGGAAGACUUGAGUUUGAAGAUCUUUCUCUUGAUGAACCAGAAUUGGAAGCUGUUUUGUUUGGUGGAGAUGGGGAAAAUGAGAACAAUGAUGAGUUCGAUAUUUGACUUGAAGCUUGAUUUUUUUUUA